AGUCAUGACAUCAUGCGGCAGUUCAUCAUCAGAGAACGGAACUUACUUCGUGAACUCCGGUUAUCCAUCAGCAUACGACGGCACCGGGUCCUGCGACUUAACCAUCAUCAAAGCCCAUCCCGAUGUUUGUCAAAUCAGGUUGGACUUUAACCGUUUCACAAUCGCUGGACCGGAACCCACCAACCAUGUUUGCAAUCAGGACCAAUUCAUAGUGUCCGGUGGAAAUCCUAUACCCACUAUUUGCGGAGCGAACCAAGGCAGUCAUAUGUAUAUCGAUGCUGGAGUAGGCACAACUAAUCCAGUGAAAUUGACCUUCGUGACGAGCGGUAAUACCUUUGAGAGGACCUGGAAGGUGAAGGUCACGCAGAUCCCAUGCAGCACUAUCUAUAAAGCUGACGAAGGUUGUCUGCAAUACUACACUGGUGUGUCGGGUCAGCUGAAGUCAUUCAACUACGAUCCGGCAUCGGGGCUGCAGCUCAGCAACCAGGACUACGGAAUCUGCGUCAGAAUGGAGAGGAACUUCUGCGGCAUACAGUAUAUGGCCUGCCCUGAUAACGUAAACAAUCGGUCCCGUGCCUUCACACUGAGCGGUAACAGCAACGGUCCAGUCAAUGCUAUGGUUGGCUCAGGCACUGGCCCAAACAAUUGCGCAAAUGAUUGGCUGUUGGUGCCGUGCGCGACCAACGUUGGCCGGAUACAGCCAGCCCAAGCCCUUUGUACGGACAGAAUAUGUGGUGGGACGUUUUCAGCUGAGUUAUCCAUGACCCCAGCGACUGUUCUAAGUACCGUGAAACCUUUCAGACUGUGGUUGCAUACGGACAAUGUAGAAGCUCCAGUGGACAUCGACAACAGAGGCUUCUGUCUAAAUUUCGUACAACAGCCAUGUACGAAUAAUGUUAUCUAAAUUUAAGCUGUAUUCUUAAUCAUGUCAAGGCACUAGGUUAAUUUUUGAGAACAAUCAAAAUCAGAACAGGGUGUAACCCAUUUCAAAAGGAAGAAGAACACAUAAAAAGAGGAAAAAUAUUUUACGGGCGAUUUGAGGUCGAGAAUUGUUGGAAAAAUGCUGGGGCACAGGCCCUCUUCAUAAACAGAGUAGACAAAAAUGCUUGGGUUUAAACUGUUCCAAACUUUCCGGCAGUCUUUUUCUAUAAUUGUGAUGAAGAUGAAUUGAUUUUGUAUUGACACCGUAACAAUAUAUUUUUUUGUAAAUAUUGUUACAUAUAUAAUUAUUUAACGCUGUGAAGUUUUUUUCGCCAGUUUUUCGCCACAGCUAAAAAAAAUAUGUCCUUAAGUGGUGGUAGGGAAAAAAUAUGGACGAUUCAAAAGAGUUGUAUUUUGCAUCCAAUUUGAAUAAAUGUUUUUUGACUUUUGAUAGUUUCUAUUACUGUACAACAUGAAAAGCCAGAUGUACAGGCUUGCUAAUGGCUUGGGAUGAUUGUUGUUUUUG